AUGAUUCGAGAUUCAUGGUCGCUUGCGAUUCCCUCCAUCACAGCUGGAGCCAGGGAGUCUGCAGCAUUACAGCAAAAAGUUGACGACGUGUCUUUUAAAAGGCCGGCUUGUAAAAUUCAUCCAACGCCUCUGUUUCAGCAGCUGCCAUCUGAGUUGCUUUUCAAAAUUCUAUCUGAAAUUCACGACAAACCAUCGAUAUUGAAUUGUCGAGCAGUUUGUGAUCGAUGGCACUACGUUGUGGACAAUAUUGUACCUUUCCGCUUCUUAAAGCUCUCCCGGCUCGUCAUCUCUGGCUUGCCCCGUCGGGCAAUUGAAAUAAGACGAAUCAACUAUGGGUCCCAGCAAUCGUCAGCAAUGGUCGUCUCGCAUGCGAUGUUGCGACACGAUGCGCAGCUCUAUUUCAGCUUCGCACACUUCAAAAUCCUACGAUUAGUUCUCAAGAACCUAGCCCUAACUGAUGAAUUCGUCGAUUUUCUCCGUGUGCAGCUUCUAAACAGUGAUUUGUCGUCACUCACUCAGCUUUCACUUCAUGCGGUUGACUUCUCCAGUUCGACUUCGUUGACGCUACACCGGCUUCUUGCAAUCGUCGCCAAACACCUCGAGAUUUUUGAGUUGACUCAGUCUACCGGGAUGCGUGCCGACAGUAUCACGGACGCUCAUCUCGCUCAGUUGGAUGCGACGAAAAUCCGUCGCAUAACCAUAGACGGUGUUCGCUUUGCGAUGCCGCGACGUCGCGCGACAUUGCGUGUGGGGGACGAGACGCUACGACGGCUGGCUGAGCAGAGGAGCUUUCCGACGUUGGUGUUGGAUCGUUGCAGUGUGACGACCAAGAUGGUCUGUGACUACACGGAGGGUUGGUUCGCAUCGGCCCAUGAAUCAGAGAAGAGCUUGCGAUCCCAGAUCUGUACGGUGAAGCGUUGCGCAGCCGUCCGAGGGCCACAGUUCGAGGCCGAGUGCGAGCGAAGAGGUCUGCACUGCAAGCACCGGCGUGGCAGUGGCAGUCUUAUUCUUUACAAUGUGCAGGCCGAACACGACUUGACGGUACGUCUGCACUGCUUGAUUUUCGUGAUCGUCUCCUCCAUCCAUAGUGCGUCAUUGCAGCAAUUCACUGUCGCCACGGAACCGCUUGAACCAGAAGAGCCGAAGAAGGAAUGCGAUGUUGAACAUCACCCUUAA